AUGCGACCCCCAAGCCCACCGCGGGCAUCGCCCGUCAGGAUGGGUUUGCUGGAUGAACCAGAAAUGCGUCCGCGCCUCGCCUCCUCUUUAAUGAACCGCGAGGCGCUGACUUCCAGGACUCGACGAGGAUCCAUGACCGACCGGUCACCGCCUCGUCGUGCAGCUUUUCGACGCUUGACCAGAAGGCAAAAGUCGGCUGCAAAGGGUUCCACGAGUUUGGGUCUUCGUCACACCCGCGUCAACGACAUCCUGGCGACCUUUGGCGAGGAGGAGACCAUCACCUCGCGCCGCCCUUCGUCCUUGCCUGGCGGCUUAGACAGCCAAGGAGGAGCUGGCUUUGGCUAUUUUCAGGACCGUUUGAAGGACCUUGAAUCGGCUAUGCAGCCUCAACUGCGGAAUCGAGCCAAGACAGAGGACCUCCGAAUCGAACUUGCCGAGCUGGCUCCAGACCGGAAGCUGGAUGGCUUGGUGAAAGAAGGCUACAUCACGGAGGAUUUCUCACGGUUGGUCUACGAGAAGUUUAGAAACGAAGAAGAGCCCGUCUUUCUGGAAGACCUGCAGCUGGAGAAAACUGGUGGGCUCAACAUGGUGAGAGAGCUUGAUGCUCUCUUGGCCCAGAAAUAUUUCUGGUUUGUCGUUCUCAUCGUGUCUGUGAUCUUCAAUGUUUGGUACCUCAUACAUUUGGACUGGCAAAUCUUCACGACUUACUUCAGAGAAGUUUUCCAAACGUGGGACCUGCCCGGAAUUGCAGAUCGCCUCGCCAACGGCGGCGGCAGCGAAUCCAAGUCAGACAUUCAGGCAGAGCUCUUCGAUGACCCGAUGUUCAAGGGAAGCGUCUUCGGAAUGAUCUCUGACCACAAGACUCGAUUGACAAUCGUGACUGCCGCUGUCAUGGUCGCAAUUUGGGAGGUUGGCUGGCUGAUGGUGCAAGUGGUGUGGGUUGUCUACGUGCUGUACAUGGUGUGCUGUGAACAAUCGGAGUACAAGCGCUACAAUGCGAUCGGUUACUUUUUCCAAACACUUCUGCCACAGGCCAGCACGUUCUCUGCUGUCAAGCUAAUGGCCCGAGUCCAUCCAUCUUUGAUACUCAAUGAGUAUCACGACUGGGUGUGGACACAGAAGGAAUACCAUCGGCUGGAUCAUGCAGGAACCGAGGGUGGCUCCGAUGUAGUUGGCCGUGCGUGUCCACUAACUCAAGAUCUGCCAUGCAAAGAGGCUGACCAUGUCGCUCGAGCCUCGCAGAUCCCGACAGCUCUAUCCCGACAGCUUCGGAGCAUUCCAGGGCUGGAAGUGAGGUUUACCAUCUUCCAUGUCCUUUGUGCCACCGCGGCGAUCAGCGCUUUCUCCGUCAAGAUGCUGGCAUUUAGCCCAGAUGUUGGCAGCACUCGGCACUAUGCGAAAAGGCAGCCUCACCCGGUGGGCAAUGUUGAUCCGCUCAGGUGGUAUCGUCUUUUCAGUAUCCUCGCAACUUUGAACCAGAUCAUGGGUGCCGUCUACAUCGAUCGUGUUUUGCAGGACCGGGUUUUCCUGUUCGUCUUCGGUGGUCGCGAUGCCACAUACGAAGACGACGAGCUGGCGUACAAGAACGCUUACAUGACCCGAAUGGUCAGAGAGAUCUGGGUCAAAUACUCAGACUCGGGGCACUAUUUCUCAGCCAUCGUCUUGCUUGCGACCUUCGACCACUACGACCUGCAGUGGCUUAUGAUUGAAGAGACAGAGGACGACGAUGACUACGUGCUGCAACGCCUGGGCCUUGCUCCGCAAAGGACGGUUUCUGCGCCUGCUGACGGGCUGACAUCGCGCCCAAAGAAGGCAACGUCUGGAAUUGAUGACACCACGUGGUGGAACAAGUUCUGGACAAUGCUGGGAUGCCAUACCAUCAGCCGAGUGCAGUCCAGCCCAGAUCUGGACACCGUCCAUGAGGAAUUCCAAGAGUCUCCUGUGCACUCCCUGCAUUCAGCGCCGAAAGAUGAUGAGGAUGUCGAGAGAAACGAGGACUGGCAUGAGAAGACUCAGCAGCAGGCCACGCCGGAAGAUCGUCCUCGGCGACGAUCCAUGUCCGAGAACCUGUCGCACAAGGCCUCGGCGGCCUCGAAGAUUACUCCCAUCAGCUUGAAGCUGCCAUCCUCGGACGCGCUCGGCCCUGUUGCCAGCGAGCGAUCGGGACAGGAGGAAAGCGCUCUUUCAGAAACACCGCACACAAAUCGAAACAGCAUGAUGGACAACCAGGAUUGCAUCAGCGAGUCGUCGCAGCCACUGCUCUUCCCGGUUCAGGACCCAGCCGGCUCGGACUUGGCGAGCCGAGAGUCCACUCACAGUUCGACGGGGAUGGCAGCAAUUGCCCGUGCAUUUCAAAGCAGGUGCAACGCAUUGGGGGAUAGCUGGAAUGGUUGGACAGAGGGAACCUUCCCGAAACGGGCUGGCUAUCUCGCGUGGGCAGACGGUUGGAGUGACAGUGGAAUCCCGAUGUCCAGGUCCGACACUAAUGAGCUCGUCGAUCUGGAUCACCUCUUCACAAGCCAUGAGGUGCUACCGGGGCCCCGUGUCAAUGGUGAUGACAUGGUAUGA